UAGGUAACAUCAUCACUGACGAUCUUAUCUCGUUUGAGUAAUGAACCGUCGGCGAGAAAACAAGCAUGCUCAGAGAGCACCCUGAAAUUACCUUUUAGACAUUGGUAAAUUAAAAUUCCCUUCUUGGAUGGAUCUACCCCUUUGCAUGCCACACAUAUAGAACGAGAAACGACCAUCUCCAAAAAAGAAAAAAGAAAAGAAAAAAAAGAGCGCGAAGGUUUAUCCGGCUGCGGAACCAAUAUUCGGGCGCUUCCGUUCCGGGCGGACUGGUGGGGGGACCUUGUCGGAACCUUCUGGCGGAAGCAUUUUGUGGUGGUACUGAAAGAGUGAGCGUGACUCCUGGCCGCUUCUAGGAUAAUGUGGCGGAGAAGCGCCAGAGUGCCCGGGAGCCUCUGUGCUCUGGUUCGCUUCGGUGCUCCAAGCGAGGAGGUGGUGGUGGCCUUGCACAGUAAAGCACACAAAUUCUUUAGCACCACCCCUGCCUUCUGCACUAAGGAAGAUGACCAAGUCAGCUGCACCAAUACAAAUGUUUCACCAGAUAAGGAGCAGAAAAAAGAAGUACAAAGAAAGAAAGAUUUGCUGCAAUUAAUCCAUGGAAUGAAAAUAGAACUAAGUACCAAGAAGAAGAUUAUGGAGAAUGCCCAAAGCAGAUUGCUGGAAGAUGAUGAAAAAAGCGACCAACAUGUUCCAGAAUUGGAGGCAGCAGCCUCUGCUGUUGCAUCUUCACUCCCUUUCGAUAAACAAAAGACAACUUCUGAACUGUUGCAUUUGGUAAAAAAGCACAAGGAAGAAAUGAAUGCGCAUAGAAUGGCCGACCUAAGCAAGAUUAUGGCAAGCAUGAAAAUUAGAAGAAAACCUAUUGCACGAAAAGCCUUCAAAGCAUCCAGUGAAAUUGCAUGUGAUGAAGAUGAAGACGGCAAUAUGGCACAUAUUAAUGAAAUCAGUAGAAUUAAAAGGAAACUCUAUUCUGAAGAAAGGCUACAGAUUUUCACUCCUAAGUCAGAGGGAGCACAUGAAACAGACUCACUAGCAAUACCAACAAUUUGGGAUCUGGAAUUUGCCAAAACUAUUACAGCCAACUUUUCACAUCCACCACAGAAUGGUUUUGAGGAGAUGAUACAGUGGACAAAUGAGGGAAAACUUUGGGAGUUCCCAAUUAACAAUGAAGCUGGACUUGAAAAUGAUGGUGAAUUUUAUGAACAUAUAUUUCUGGAUAAGCAUUUGGCAGACUUUCCUAAAGAAGGACCAAUUCGCCACUUCAUGGAACUUGUAACAUGCGGACUUUCUAAAAAUCCCUAUUUAAGUGUGAAACAAAAGGUAGAACACAUUCAAUGGUUCCGGGAUUAUUUCAAGGAAAAAGAACAGUUGCUUAAGGAAAUUGAAGCCCAUGAGAAGGAAGCCUUGGUUCAAAUAGAGAAUAUAUCGAAAUGAAAACUCAAAAAGUCAUGUUCUAAUGUAAAUAAUCAUUUGGAGGUUGUACAUCAUAAUCUGGAAAGAACCUGAUUCAAAAAUAGCAAAACUGGCAACAGUGGUUUAAUCUGGCUUGCAAAUUGUGGAAUAAAAUGUAUAUUUCUCUGUUUAUUAAUGUUCUUAAAAUAGUGCUUAUAGUGUUUUGCUUUAAAAAUAUUGGAGUGAAAUCAUUCUGAAGAUUAAAGAGAUUAAAGAGAAACCAUCAACUGCUGUUCAUUGGUAUUGAAAGGAUUAAGAUAAACCUUUCUGUAUUUUUACAGUUUUAUUUCCCCAUUUUCAGCAAUGAAAAUAGAAAAUAGAAUUAAAUCACAUAAUUUAUUCAACUUGUUUAUUGCUUGAAAUUUAUUCCAGAAAGAAAUACCUUGCAAAAGGAUAUGCUGUUUCUUUCCACAUGGAUCUAUAUAUUGCACCAGCUUAUGUUUUCUGUGCCUUCAUCCUCAACUUUGUGUGUGUGUGUGUGUAUACAUUUAAUUAGAUACGCUAAGAUAAGAUUUUAUUCAGACUCGCUGAUUCUUUUGAAAUUUGAAGAUAAAUAAUAUUAGAUACUGCUUGAAAUACUUACAUUUUUAAAACAAAUCUGAAUUACUAAUACCAUGUAUUUAUCAGUGUUGUCUGAUUUUUCACCUCUCCCAUUCUUUUCAAUGUUUUUUAAACAUAAUUUUAAAAAAAUCAUUAUACCUGUAUUAUAAAUUCUACUUUUUGGCUAAUUAUGCCACUUCAGUUAAUACUUCUAUAUCCAAUAUCUUUUCAACAUUUCUCAUGAGAUCAAUGUAUAUAUAUUUUAAACCCAUCCAAUAGGCACCUUAAGUAACAUUCCAGUUUUCUUAACAGUCUCAAGUAAGUUUUACAAGGACAAGCUAAUGGCAUUAAUUUAUGCAAAUGAGAUCUUUUCAGUUCAAAGAAAAUGCUGGUUGUUGAGUACAAUAUUGUGGUUUAUUUGCUUGGUUUUAAAGAUUUCUAUCCUACUUUUCAUUCAGGAGCCCAAGGCAGUGUGUGUGUGUUUGUGUGUAUGUUGUCAACUCGCGAAGCUUCCCUAAGCUUCCCUGUUCUCGAGUUGCCAUAGGCAGGGGGCAUCAGUCAGAACCCUGACAUGUGUUUGAUUAUUUUUUAUCCCACCUUUAUCACAAGUACUUCAAGGCAUCAAACAUACUUAAUACUCCUUCCUCUUAUUUUCCCUCCAACAGCCCUGUGAGGCAGGUUGGGCUGAGAGAAAGUAACUGGCCCAAGGUCACCCAGUUGGCUUUCAUGUCUAAGGCAGGACUAGAACUCUUGGUUUCUAGGCCAGCACCUUAACCACUAGAUCUGCCUCCUCCCCCCUUUUCUGGACAAUAAGAUCCUAGUGAGUUACAUUGAGUUAAGAAUGAUGGCGUGACCCAGUCAUAAUUAAAUACUACAUAGAUGAUCAGGAAUGAUCCGGUAAAGCCAAUCAAAUUUUUAUGAUGGUGUUGGACCAGCAUAAGGUAGAAAUAUCGGUGCUCUUGCAAGGAAUUUUGCAACUUCAUAGACAAAACAUUGGGAAGUUUUUUAAAAAGAUAGAAUUUAGUCCAGUGACCAAGUAUUCAGAAAAUAAGAGCAUUGCUAAUACCAUUAUAGUGCAGAAACAUACUCAACUGUUCAUCUUCACAUGGACAUAAGCACCAUAAAUUUUCUUAUAUUCCCUUUAAUAUAACUGAAUAUAACUUACUAUAAAUAGCUUCUGUGGCUGGGACUGUUAGUUUUGUAAGCUGCUUAGAAAGUGAUAAUCUGCUUUUUGAUUAGGGAAGGUUAGGAAAUCUACUUAAGUCAGGCUCAUUUUAUGUCUAUAAUGCAUGAUUUAAGAAAUAGUAUUGCCUGAUCAUAACUGGGAGUAGAUAAGGUGGUGUAAACUUAAGCUUGGGCAGUACAUGCCUAAAGGAUAACUAUCACUUGGAUUGAAAACCAUCUGUAAGUAUUAAGGGCCAGGACCAGCAAAGAAAGCAGAAUCUAAGCCAAUAGUUAAAUAUAAUUAACUACAUAACAAAAACAAAUAGAGAAUGGGAUCUAAUAUAGAUCAGACAGUUGAGGAUUAUAUGCAAACAUUUGUUUGAUCAUUACAAGAAAAGCUACCAGUAUACUGUACCACAUUUUUGCUCCCACAAGAUGUCAGUGUUGAUCUAUUUCACCUAACUAAAGUAAACAUCUUCCCAGACUCCAAUCAAGAGUAACCCUAUAAUAGCUAAACAAUACCUUGCAAAAAAACUUGCUACUAAAGCAAGAUACCAUGAAAAUAUUUCUGGAUACCAAAGUUAAAAAUCUUGAAAUGAAAAUGAAUACGGCAAUAGAGAGAGAUAAGAAGAAGGAGAGACAUGGAAAGGGAGAAGGAGGGAGAGAGAAAGAAGAAGGGGAAGAGGAGAGGAAGAAAGGGAGGGGAAAUAAGAGUAGGAGAGAAGGUUAGAGAGGGAGGAAGAAUGGAGGAGGGGGAGAAAGGAAGGGGAAGUAGAGAAGGAGUAGGAGAGGAGAGAGGAAAGUAGGAAGGAUAAAAGAAGGGAGGGAGAGGAAUGAGAAAGAAAAGAAAGAUUCCUAAAAAUGGAAAAGAUGAAAUGGAAGAAAGACAACCCCAAACAUGUUUGAAUAUAUCAGGAUAAAAAUUGAAAUAUCUAAAAAAUAAUAAAAGAGAAUAAAUAUUAAUAAAAAUGGAGAAACUAGAACUCGAGGGUGAAAGAUGUGAUUUAUAUAAAUGAGCAUGGAAAUAUUAAGACAUGAUUAAAACAUGGAAAAAGAAUAUUCUGGCAGAAAUUGUAACUAAGUAAAAUGUAUUUAGAUAUGUUAAGUUGUAUAAGAUAUGAUAUGGCCAAUACUCUGUUCAUAAACUAUGUGUGUGGGGGGGGGAUUAAAAAAUCAAUAAA